UUCCGUUCGUUUUUAUUUCAUCCACUGUUCUGUUAUUCCAAUGUUCUAAAACUGUUACUCUUUUCAGAUGGCAGACUCUCUUUCAUUUUAUGAAAACGUCGACUUAAAUGAAGAAGAACAAUUUCCUCCAUUUUUUACACACUGAUAAUACCUUUGUCGUAUUUGAAAAAUGAAAAGACUGCGUUCCAAAGCUAACCCAGCAGACGACCCAGACUACGUGACCAAAGCCUAUUUUCCGGGAGUGUCUAACGUCCUGGAGAUCAAAGCGGAUAACCACAAGAAAGAACGUCAGACAGUAAAAUCAAGUCCCUACUAUGUUAAGAAGUGCAAGACAAACCCUGGGCGGGGUGGUUGUGCUCAAAGCUCUUACAAAGAUUUGAAGUUAGGUAAAAAUAUCAAAGAGAAAGCCAGAAAAAUCUUGACGCUCAGCUGAAGAGUUUCCAACGACCUGAAACCAGUUUAAUGAAAAAUGACAUCGAAGUUGAUAAAGGCAAGUUGUGUGGUGAUAAUGGAAAUCUUGGUGGGACGAUAGAAAGCUCGUUAGAUAAACAGCCGAUCGACCUGUGCCAAGCUGAAAUGGAUGUAAGGCAAAAUUCGAAAGGUAUCGGGUUAUUGGUUGAAGAAGAAGCUAGCGAUAACUGCAAUAACAACAACUCGGAAGUCCCGUUGAUUCGUAUUAAACAGGAGGAAGUGAGCAAUGAAGAGUUGAUUCGGAAUGAGGUGUUUGACAUUGUUAACUAUCAAGAGAAAUACAAUAUAUGUUCAACGUUAAAGUUUGAACUUCCGGAAUUAAAUUCUAACAAUUUGAAACCAGCAACAUCUCCGCCGUCGCCUGAUAUGUCGUGUGAUUACAUCUCAAACGCUAGCGAUAAGAACUUCUUCAAUUCCGGCAAUAUUCCGAAUUGUCUACCACAUUCAGAACAAGAGGAAUCUAAAUUUUUUGAAGUUCAACCCAAUUUGACGAUAAUUCCAGAAGAAGAUAAGUUAAAAGAUAACAUUUACGAGGUUGAAGUCGAACAAAACGAGUUAGAAAGCAAAACCGCAUCGCAAUAUGGCCACAAGGACUCUUGCCUUCGGUUGUUGCUUUCAGGAGAGAAUGAAGAGAACCAACACAACACGAUGAUGAAUUCCUGCACCAAUCCUUCCAAUCCUUCGCCUGGAUUGGCACCAAUGCUGUCCGUCUCAUCUCUUCCCACUCAACAGAAUUUCAACUACGUACCUGUCACGCAAAAUUUUCCUGCUGGUCAAGAUUUCUCGAAUUUGAAUCUUACCAAAACCAAUCAAGAAAUGCCAUGGAUUCCUCUUGGACUUCCCACUCAAUCACCAUCAUCCGUCAGUCCAGACUGGAGCACUCAUUACCUGUGUCCAACUUCUCAGCUCUCAUAUAACACGCCCUUACCUUCCUAUCCGCAUCCUUUCCCCUUAGGAAAUCCUCCUGGAAGGUGUUGGAAUCAAAACGUACCACCAACCUAUAAGCAAAACAUCCAGUCUCCAAACAAUUCCUUCUCCGACCUCAAUGUCAUGUCAGGGCCCUUCGUGAAAACCCCUCAAAACUGUUACCUUCUGCAUUCUAUGUUGCACCCUUCCACAUCUUAUUCUUUUCUACCCAAUCAAAAACCAUUUUCAACUAAUUUAAAUAUUCAAGAUUUACCCUCUAAGUCGAAAUCCUAUCAGAAUGUCAAUGAUUUGCCUGUCAGUAUGCCAUGCACGGGGCCACCCACUUCCAAAAAACUACCGUUUACGGAAAACGAAAUGCAAGAGGAUUGCCUUUUAAAAGAAAAUUCCAAGUCGCAAGACAAUUUUUGCAUCACCAUUUUAGCAGCGGACGUAAAACUCAUCGACCACCACAGAACCAAAGAUUACUUUCCCGUCUUCCAAAACCAUCAAAUCCCAAAGACUGUGUCGGGUUCACCGAAAGUUGAAUUUAUUCUGAGCAAAUAUAUAGAUUUUUUGCUGCUGGAGAACGAAGGCAUCACCGAAAUAUCGAAAGCGUUCACACCGGCGACACGACUGUUCUCCGACGAGGACGAAUACGUGCUGGACGUGGCCGACAAAAGAAUUAAUUUCCCUUCCAUCAAAUUCGUAGAAUUUAUGCAAAGACAUUUCCCCGACAUCAACAUGCAGUCGAUAAAUUUCUUGAUUGGUCCGUUUCACUUCUCGUCAGCUCAGAAGCUGGAUACCAAUGAAAAAAUCAUGCAAGAUUGCUUCUUCCAUUUCCAACAGCUCAGAACCAGAAUGAGAGAAAACCUAGCCACGUAUUGAUCCUUUGGUUUAUUGAUUGACUGACUUAGACUGGUUGUCAUCUUCAAAAAAUCAAAUCAUUACAGCCAUUUUGCUAUAAUGAUGAUAACAAUAACAA